AUGCCAGGCGCCGUAUCUGAAAUUAUUGACGAUAUUGAAGAUUUAAUAUCUUCUCAGGAUAUUACGCCUAAAGAGCGAUAUGCGAGUAGAAAAAAUGUGACCGUAAGAUCUAAAAAACGGGACACUAAGAAAGCAGAGUCAGUAGAAAAGAUCAUAUUAGAAAGUGUUGUUCCAGGUACCCAAACAAUAUAUGUUAAGACAUGGGGCUGUGCUCACAACAACUCAGACUCUGAGUACAUGGCUGGUCUACUGGCCGCUCAGGGUUACAAGCUAACAGAAGACAAGUGGGAAGCUCAGCUCUGGUUGCUCAACUCUUGCACUGUUAAGAGUCCUGCUGAAGAUCACUUUAAAAAUGAAAUAGAGUUGGGUCAAAGUCGUGGGAUACAUGUAGUGGUAGCAGGGUGUGUGCCGCAGGGUGCUCCGAGGGUUGGUUACUUGGAAGGACUCAGUGUUGUCGGAGUACAGCAAAUAGACAGGAUCGUUGAGAUUGUUGAGGAAACAUUGAAAGGUCACACGGUCCGUCUGUUUGGUCAAAAGAAAACCGGUGAAGGUAGAAAGGCGGGGGGAGCGUCCCUCCUACUACCGAAAGUACGGAAAAACCCACUUAUAGAGAUAAUACCAAUUAAUACAGGAUGUUUGAAUCAGUGUACUUAUUGCAAGACUAAACAUGCAAGGGGUGACCUUGGGAGUUACCCGCCAGAGGAAAUUGUGGAGAGGGCGCAACAGUCUUUUAGAGAGGGUGUCUGUGAAAUAUGGCUGACCAGUGAAGAUACUGGGACGUACGGUCGAGACAUUGGCUCAUCUCUCCCCGAGCUGCUCUGGAGACUAGUGGAGGUGAUCCCCGAGGGUUGCAGACUGAGACUGGGUAUGACCAACCCGCCCUACAUACUGGAACACCUUGGGGAAGUGGCCAGGAUAAUGCACCACCCAAGAGUCUACAAGUUCCUCCAUGUCCCGGUCCAGUCCGGUAGCGACAAAGUAUUGUCAGAUAUGAAGCGGGAAUAUACUAGAGCGGAUUUUGAGAAAGUUGUCGAUUUCCUCAGAGAAAAAGUGCCGGGUAUGACGAUAGCGACGGAUAUAAUCUGCGGCUUCCCGACGGAAACGGAAGAGGAUUUCGAGGACACGAUGACGUUGUGUGAAAAAUACAAGUUCCCCUCUUUAUUCAUAAACCAAUUCUUUCCGAGACCGGGGACUCCAGCAGCUAGAAUGCAAAGAGUACCAGGACAAGAAGUAAAGAAACGUACGAAACAACUAUCGGAAUUGUUCCGAUCGUACGAACCGUACGGUCACAAAGUGGGGGAAGUCCAAGAAGUUCUCGUAACAGACGUGUCGCACGACAAGAAUUACUACGUCGCUCAUAACGAGUUUUACGAGCAAGUUUUAGUACCGAAAGUUGAGAAAUAUAUGGGAAAAAUGCUCACAGUUAAAAUAAUAAAUGCAACUAAAUUCUCUAUGGUGGGAGAACCCAUAGAUAAACCCAAGAUGGCGGGUCUUACGCAGCCUUUGAAGAAAGGCGAAGUGUCAGGUGUUAGGCGGCAAAAGAAAAUGGUUCCGAUACCGAUUUUAGUGAUAUUUUUUGCGGUUAUUGUACGAUUGAUCUGGAUGUUUUUGUAUCUGUAGUUUUAAUUAAAGGUUAUAUUAGGUGACAUUGUGACAAAAUACUAAGAGAUCGUCCGUCAAUCAAGCUAGGCUCGAAAAGGGGGAUUCGGAAAAAUAUAACUUGUGUUUUUUUUUUCGUUGAAUGUUUUGUUCACCAAAAUUUAUUCAGAUUACACCUGUAAUUAAAGUUAAUCUUUUGACAAUGUCAACAUACGUUUGGUGAUACGUGAUGAGGCUUAAGACGAACCCAAAAAAAUCACGUGUAGUUUUUACAUAUUCGUACAAAGAAUCUUAAGUUUUUAGAAUAUUAUCUUUAAAUGCAGGUAUAAAGUAUAAUUUAGUUUUAUUCUGAAACUAAGGACCGCGACAAAAAUGUUUAGACAGAAAGGUUGCACGUUGUUUUUGACUGGCAUACAAAUAAUAUUAAAGGCAUUGUGUAAUCAUGCGAAAAGCAUAUAUUGUACUAGUACAUGGACAUAUUCAAUGUACAUUGUCCUCGGACCACGGAUUAGACUUUCUUCAACAUUUCUUCGUCAAGGUCACACUACACGCCGCUUUUCGGGUUUGUAAAUCGCGCGUUUGACGAAAAAAUAAAAAACACGUUAAAAUCGUACUACCCCCACCCCUUUUUAAGUCUAACGUGAUUAAUGGACAGCCUGUUACCAUGUGUCUCCAUCUAUGGUGUUGCAGACGUCUAUAACCUACGGUAAUUGCUUACCAUCAGGUGAGCCGUACGCUUGUUUGCCGACCUAAUUGUAUAAAAUAGGUAUUUGUCUAAACAAGCUACAGUGACAGAUUGUGACAUUUAAAUACAUAGUAUUUAUACAAGUGACGACAAAUACGCCUUAUAUCCAAUUGUUAUGUAAAUAAUAAAGUAUUUUUGUAAGUUG